AUGCAGGGAGAGAUCGAAGGCUACGGCAUCGUUCAUCAACGGCUCCGACAGCAUACAAUCAGAUCUCUAGUGCAACAGCAUAUGGUGCAUUCGUCUCCAGUGCAACAGCUUUCAGUGCAGCAGCCCGCAGUCAUCGGUGAAGCAGUAUUCGAUGCAGCAAUGUAUGAUACUUCAGCCUUCAGUACAGCAGCUUCCAGUGCAGCAGCCUUCGGACACGGAACGGACUACCUGAAUUUGGCCCUCCGAGACGGUGGUGUUUCGCUGACGAUGGGCCUCUCGAACGGCAAACAAGAGAUGCAUAUCAAACCGGCUCGGGUUCGCUUCGAUGAUCACCAGUGGCACAAGGUCACUGUCCACCGACGGAUUCAAGAGAUCUCAUCAAUAACCAGCUUCUGCCGGCUGGUUGCCGUCGUGGACGAUGUCUACACCGACCAUUCGCACAUUGCCGGAAAGUUCACAAUGCUUUCGUCAUCCCGAGUCUACGUCGGUGGAGCCGUCAACCCUCGAGCCCUACUCGGCGCCCGAGUGCACAACAAUUUCGUCGGAUGUCUACGGAAGGUGGAAUUUUCGGCCGAUACUCUUCGGCUGAAUCUCAUCGAUUUGGCCCGAACGGGCUCCAAGCUGAUACAGGUGGCAGGAAGGGUGGAUUAUCAAUGCCCAAGCGGUGAUCCACAGGAUCCUGUCACCUUCACCACGCGGGAGUCAUACUUGCUCCUCCCACCGUGGGAUGUCUCCAAGCAGGGCAUGCUGUCGUUCAAGUUUCGCACAAACGAACCGAACGGGUUAAUAAUUUUGAACACCGUGAUACGACAGCCAAGGCCGGACUUCUUCGCAGUUGAACUGCUCAAUGGACACAUCUACAUCCACAUGGAGUUGGGCUCGGGAGCGGUCAAGGUACGGGCCUCACGAAGGCGGGUAGACGACGGCGUUUGGCACGAGCUGUCGUUAAGGCGAAACGGUCGAGACGGAAAAGUGGGAGUCGAUGGCCAAUGGAAUGACUUCCGAACGCCGGGCGAUUCAACGCAACUAGAGCUGGACAGUCCCAUGUACGUGGGCGGCAUUGGACCUCCGUAUGCGGAUGUGGUUAUUCCUCCAGCGAUUUGGACGGCUACUCUGCGGCAGGGCUUCGUGGGAUGUUUAAGGGAUCUAGUGCUGUCGGGGAAACCGGUCGAUAUAGCAGCGUACGCUAGACAGCAGGAUUCAGGAGCCAUCAAACCGUCCUGCCACAUUGUUCCGACUCAAUGCGGAGGGUCUGUAUCUCCCUGUCAAAACGGGGGCCAAUGUACGGAAGGAUGGAACCGACCGCUUUGUGACUGUUCGGCAACACUUUUCACCGGUCCCACGUGUGGUCGUGAAUCGGCAACACUGGCCUUCAACGGUUCACAGCACAUGGCCAUCUGGAUUGGUGGCACCCAGGGAACCCGAACACAAACCGAAGAAUUGGUUAUCCGGUUCAAAACGUCUCGCCCGGCUGGUCUCCUACUGCUCACCAGCGCCGAGACAAGUUCAUCUGACCGGCUUGAAAUCGGGCUGGUGGCUGGCCGCGUCCGGGCAAACGUCAAAUUAGGCGAACGCGAGAAGAAUCUGCUGGCUGGCCAGGGAGUUCUUAAUGACAAUAACUGGCACACGGUGAGAUUCUCCCGGCGAGCGUCCAAUCUACGACUGCAAGUUGACGGGGCACCUCCCGUCAGGG